GGGGAUUGGAACACACCUGAAUCACAUGAUAUGGAGGGGAUUGGAACACCUGAAUCCCAUGAUAUGGAGGGGAUUGGAACACCUGAAUCCCAUGAUAUGGAGGGGAUUGGAACACCUGAAUCACAUGAUUGGAGGGGAUUGGAACACCUGAAUCCCAUGAUAUGGAGGGGAUUGGAACACCUGAAUCCCAUGAUAUGGAGGGGAUUGGAACACCUGAAUCCCAUGAUUGGAGGGGAUUGGAACACCUGAAUCCCAUGAUAUGGAGGGGAUUGGAACACCUGAAUCACAUGAUAUGGAGGGGAUUGGAACACGUCUGAAUCCACAUGAUAUGGAGGGGAUUGGAACACCUGAAUCCCAUGAUAUGGAGGGGAUUGGAACACCUGAAUCCAUGAUAUGGAGG